AUGUUGGGUCUGAACGAAUUUGUUCGCAAUCGCAAUCCUGAAAAUCCCAACAAUCAACAGGCUGCACCACAUCCUGAGCGGCCAGCCACAGCCCAGUCGACACGCGAUCUCCAUGAGCGCAACGGCCAUCACAUAUAUGGCACAGAGACUGAUGAUUUUGACGCAACUCGUUCAUCUCUCCAUGAUCUCAAUGAUCAAGAUUAUGAUGGUCAAGACGGCUUUGAAGACAGAGAAGAGGACAAUCAGUAUGACGAUCAGGCUUUCCCCAUACAUCAAGGAAAUGGCCAUCUUGCAGGUGGUCUAGAGCUCGAUGCCUUAAUGUCGCAAUUCCAUCACAACACGGCUCGUUCUGGCCACACCGGUGCGGACUCAUAUCCUCCUACGACUUCUGGUGAACUAGAACCAGACGAAGACUUUGAGGACGAAGUCGAUGUCGAGCAUGCACAAGCACAUUCUCGUGUUGAGCAGCCUCUUGAUAUUCACAACACCAUAAUCCCACAGAGACAGUUUGCUUCCACGCCCUUACCCAUCCAGUCACAACCGCCUCGUGUCCAACAAUGCAAAGAUCAGUUCAAAGUCACAACCAAACCAACAAUAAGUCACAAAGAUGUGCAACAGCGCCAGAAGAAGCCGCAAAACAAGACACAUGUAGUCUCUCAGCCUAAUCAUAUUCCAGAGCAAUUUGAGACCACCGUUCAAGUCGCUACAAACCACAAUUCUACUGCACGAGUCCCCAACUUGACACACCAACAGCCUGCUCGUGCCCAUACCACAACAGCAAACCACCGUCAACGGCACACCAACGGAAUUGAUCACCAUCGUCAGCAGUACAUCAGAAGAGUUGACUACCAGGAAGAUCACCUCGACGGGCUUCAUAAUCAGCAACAGUACGGCAUGGAAGGAUCUCCGAUGGACAACCAUGAACAGAGUACACACUCAGACGAAGUUCUCGAUUACGAACUACAGGAAUUGUACGCAAAGGAUUUCGCUGAGCUGCAAGAUGAACCGUUCGAUGGACCACCUCGUGGAGAAUUUCCUGAUACGCAGUCUGAUCUCUCGAAACCACUCAGUGAAAGACUCGAGGCUGUUGCUAAGCUUGACGUUCGUCAUCAGAAGGAGCUUUUCUCUUCGCUGAAGCUUGAGGAGUGGGAAGAGGCUGGAGACUGGUUCCAAGAACGCUUCUCAGAAGUCUUCGGGAAGCUCAAAGCUGCUCGCAAGAAGAGGCGACAACUGGCUUCUGGAUUCGAGCAGCAAAUAGCUCAGAGACAACAGGUGCUCACCAAGAAGAGAAAAAUUACAGACGAUGCAUUGACAGAAAUGAAGAAGUCAGGCAGCCUGGUUCUGACAAGUACGCCGAAGAAGAAGCAGAGAAUCACGGAGUAG